CCUCUAGCCGCCGUCGUUUGCCGGUAGAUAGAACAGACAGUCGCGUUUCGGUACGUGAGCUGUUCACCAAAAGAGACGUGUUUUCCUUAAAAGUGACCAAGUGACCAAAAUUUAGCUGAAAAUGGGUGAAUCGAGCAAAAUGUCGCCCCAGAUCAAGAACAUCCCGCGCCGUCAGGCGAUCCCGAUCCUGUACACCCGAGGAACACACUACGACGUUGGGUACGAUGUGGGUCGCACCUUUGCAGCGCUCAUCAAAAACUUUCUCCAGCUUUCUGGACCGUUGAACGACACGUACUUGCCGCUGUACAAUACUGAUGAAGGAAGAAAAGUGUACAACGCCACACUGGAGACGGUGAAGAAGUCGUUUCCGCAGUAUAUCCGUGAGCUCGAGGGAACGGCCGACGGUGCUCAGGUCGAGUUCCACAAGCUGUUCCUGCUGCACAUGGACGAUAUCUUGCCGGUGGCCGUCGAGGGCCGGAACAGCAUCAACCAACCCAUUGGAUGUUCGACCAUCUGCGUCAACGAGCCCGAUUGCGAAAUCCUGGCCCACACGGAAGACGCGCUGAGCGAGGUGCUGAACCAUUACUACUUCGUUUCGGCUCACAUCGUGUCGGACUCUCCCCAGGGUCGCUACAACGUAACCGAGGAACGCUUCACGUCACUCUGCUACGCUGGACACCUGCCGGGCUACACCAUGAACUACAACCAUCACGGGCUGGUGUUUUCAAUCAACACGCUGAGUGCGGCCCGUCUUCACGGCGGUAAAACUCCUCGACACUUUAUUACACGUGCUCUGCUGUCGGCGGAAAACUUUGUCCAAGCGCAACAAAUUCUGCGAGAUAACGGAGUUGGAGCUGCCGACGGGUGUUCGGUUAAUAUGACCUUCUUGAAGCAAGAAGGUGACCGCCUGUUCCACAACGCCGAGAUGGGCCCGGCCGAGCGGGACCAGUCCCAGCUGAACAUCCUAACCGUAAGCCCCGGCGAGUACAGUACACACGCCAACAUGUAUCUCCGGCUGCCGGUGCCCGAGGUGAAUGGCCUUAUAAUCGAUUCCAGCGUGGAACGUAUGAAGACGUUUAACGCGUUCAAGGCGCCAAAAACGCUGAACGACGUGAUCCGGAUGCUGGGCGAUCAGAGCGCCCAGGAGCACACCGUAUUCCGCGAGAAGGACGCCAAGGACAUCAUCAAGACGGUGUGCGUGGGAAUCUUCGACUGCAAGCGCCGCACGUGGUCACUGUACUCGGACAAUCCGAAGUUUAAUGCGCCCCUCGUGGUGAUGCCGCUGGUGAUCAAGGAUUAAUUCUUUUUUUAUUGUUUUAAUUAUAAUUUCGGAUUCGAAGGGCUUUGUGCAUUUAAGGAACACAGUACACACACCAUUUUGGAGCCAUUUAGGCCAAGACAACGUCUACGGGACGCACGUUGUUUGUUCAGAUGGAAUACUUGAACAUUGUUUUAUUAUCUAUUCGUUAUAUUUAUAAUUAAAGUAUAUGCUAGCUUUACGCA